AAACGUGGACCUGAAUAACCCUAGCAUGUGUUUGAACCACAUGAGUAUCCAUUUCGGCAAAAAUGUAAAGCACUUAUGGAUUUAAUUCUGAAAUUAUAUGUAUUUGGGGAGGUGCGAUGUGGGCAUGUGGCUUCCAAAUGGCACGCUGCGCAUAAUCAAUCGUCGCAAACACAUUUUCAAGCUAAGCCAGGGCGAAUAUAUUGUACCGGAGAAAAUUGAGAAUAUUUACACUCUGAGCCAAUAUGUAAAUCAGGUGUACGUUUACGGAGAGAGCCUUAAGAGCUGCAUCAUAGCCGUCGUCGUGCCUGAUGUGGAUGUUCUCAAGCAGUGGGCGAACGACAAUCGCGUCAAGGGCACACUUUCGGUGCUAUGCAUGCAAUAAUCCACAAGUAAAAGAACUCAACGCUGAACGCGAACUAAAAAGAACGCUGAAUUGGGGUAAGCAGAGCGGACUGAAAUCCUUCGAACAGGUCAAGGAUAUAUAUUUGCAUCCCGAUCCGUUUUCGGUACAAAAUGGACUACUCACACCAACAUUCAAAGCGAAGCGGCCACAAUUGAACAAAACAGUGCGAGAAACCCCGUAGAGGAGUUAGAAGUAAAAUGCGAACAAUUUUAAACUUUAUGCGAAAAUAGAAAAAACAUUAAAUUGCUAUUUAUUUAAUUAGGCAUCAAUUUAAAU